AUGACACAGACAAAAAGAGAUACAGAAAAUAUGGAGAUAAAGAACAGUAUUACAUUGGCAGAAUAUAUUUUUAGAAGGUUACGAUCAAGUGGGACUUACUCAUUAUUUGGGGUACCUGGUGAUUUCAAUUUGCCGUUGUUGGAGUCGUUAUAUCACAAGACUGCCGAUGGUAAAGAAGUAGAGCUUUUGAAUUGGAUAGGUUGCUGCAAUGAAUUAAAUGCGGCUUAUGCAGCAGAUGGAUAUUCAAGAUAUACAAAUAAGAUCGGAUGCUUGGUUACAACUUUCGGUGUUGGAGAGAUCAGUGCUUUAAAUGGGAUAGUGGGUGCAGCAGUGGAAAAUGUAAAAGUGUUGAAUAUUGUUGGUAUUCCGCCUACCCAUAUAUUAAACUCAUCACAAUAUAAUAUACAUCAUUCUAUUCCUAAUUUAAAAAAUUCUAAUUCGGGUGUGCCAAACUACAAAACUUAUUGUGAUAUGGUUCUUAAUAACAUUACAAACAAUGUGGAGUUUUUAGAACUGAGUGAUAUUAAAAAUCAAAAUAGUAAUCAAGUUUGUAACAAAAUUGAUCAAUUGAUUAAAAAUAUAUUUAUCUCUUCAAAGCCUGGUUAUCUAUUUGUACCUUCUAAUAUGACAAAUAUGAUGGUCUCUUCAGCAAAUUUGACGUUAUUACCACAAAUUAAUUUAGAUUGGGCGCUAAAGUCAACUAGAAGUAAUUUAUCAGAAACAAUCGAAAAUGAUAUAAUUGAAGAGAUUUCACAGCUAUUGUAUAAGAGUAAAAAGCCAUGCAUAUUAUGUGACGUCUUUAUAGACAGGUUUGAUUGCAGAAUCCAAGUGAAUCAACUAAUUUCUAAAUUAAACAUCUGGAAUUUUUCUACCAUGUUGGGGAAGUCAAUAAUUGAUGAAGAUAAUGAUCGCUUUAUGGGCACUUAUAAUGGUGUAACUAGUGAUUCCUACGUUAAAGAUAAUUUUGAAAGUUGUGAUUUAAUCUUACACCUAGGUAUUGAAACAAAUGAAAUGAAUACAGGAUGUUAUAGUUUUUCUUAUUUACCAGAUGCCGUUAUAAUUGAAGUUGGUAAAGAUUACAUUAAAAUUUCAAAGCAUGAUGGUAAAAUUUCAAAAAUUAUAAAUGAUAUAAUGCUUAGAGAUGUAAUUCAAAAAUUAUUGCAUUUCAUUGAUGACUCAAAAUGCACUUACUCAUUCGACAACAAUGUUGAAUCAUUUCCAACUUAUAAAAAUAAGUUAAUAUCUAAGAAAUCUCUUGAAAACAACGUUGAAUCGAAAGCUCAACAAACUGUGACACAAGAUGAUCUGCAAGUUGAGAUACAAACAUUGUUUGAUAAAGGUGAUGUGGUUGUUGUAGAGACAGGUUCAUUUCAAUUUGCAAUUCCAGAUAUGAUAUUUCCAAAAGAAACAAAAUUGAUAAACCAAGGGUUCUAUUUAUCAAUAGGCAUGGCUCUACCUGCAUCUUUAGGAGUUGGUAUAGGCAUGAGAGAUUAUCCAAAUUGCCAUAUCAACGAUAAUAGUGAAGAUGCUACCCCUAAGAAACUGAUAUUGUUUGAAGGAGACGGUGCUGCUCAGAUGACAAUUCAAGAACUUUCUUCUCUGUUGCGAUACAGGAUACCAAUUGAUAUCUUUAUUUGGAAUAAUAAUGGCUAUACUGUUGAGCGUAUUUUUGAAGGAGAGAAACGUAGUUAUAAUGAUAUAAUGCCAUGGAAAUGGGUAAAUUUGUUAAAAGUGUUUGGAGAUCAUGAGAAAACAUUUUCUAAAAGCACAACUAUUUCAACAGUUCAAGAAUUGAGGUGUAAAAUUGACGAAUUGAAGAACGCUAACCCUCAAAAAAUUAUUGAGUUAAUAGAAGUUAAACUUGGAGAAAUGGAUAUUCCAAAAAAUUUAAAACACAUUGUUGAACAGAUGAAAUUAAGACAACAAAAUAAGUCAUUAAUUGAGUAA